CCCUUUUUUAAAAAUAGGGAGUGGUGUUGAGGUUUUGCACCCCCCACUUUUCUCUAAUUGUCAUGUAGCAGGCAUGAGGUUAAAGAAUAAGCUAGCCCAGCAAGGAUGAUGUGCUACAGUAUUUAUUUAUUUUGGAAGGAAGGGUGUAAUUAACCCUAAAUAACAGCCUGCAGAAGAGAGCCUCCUGGCCCUAUCAAAGGCCUCCAGAGUGGGGAGGGACUGAAGCUGACAUGAAGUCACAGAUACCGAAACUAUGUGGCUGAUAAUGAUAUAAUUAGGGGAUCAGAGAUUUCUGACUGCUGCGGACUUCAAAAGCUUUAAGAGAAGCCAGCAGUCUCUCCUGUAGCCCUGUUGACUGAAAGCAGACAUUUUUGUUUAAUCACCACGUACAGUAACAAGAAAGGGGGGAAACAGAAGAGCAUUGUUCACUCUUUCCAAAUACCAGCCCCCCGCUUCUGGCCUUUUGCAUGCCACAGGAAGAACCUUUAUGAAAGGACAGAAAUAUAGUUUUAAUACAGUCAUACAAAAGCCCAUUCUCCGUGCUCCAAUGUGGCUCCAAUUAGAAAAAAAAGUUGUUAAAUGUUUCCCAGUUACCUGUCAAAAUUUUAUUAGACCGUUUUAGGUCGUUGAAAAUAUAGUAUUUUAAAUCGAGUCCCCAUAAAUAUUUGAAUAGCAUUUUACUUGGGUUCAGGGUUUGUUGUACUUUUUUUGAGGGGGCGUGUUACUAGGUCCGAGACCACGGCGAUCGCAAUGGACUUCGUCUGUUUUAUUUGUGCUUUAGUGUGUAUAUGGCAUUUGUCAGGUCAGGGAUGUGUAGUCAUCACCGCACUGGACCGGUGAGCUUGUGGGAAAGAUAAGAAUCAGCUUGGCAAGGGGAGAAAAGAGCUCCUGGCCAGCAGCAUCUUCUGCUGAAGGUGGUGCUGGAGGCAAGAUAAACUGGAGCCCCCAGGGCUGUGAGUGGAGGCCUGAGAGAGCCCUCCAGCUUUGGAGUGUGCUUACUGGUCUGGGUGAUUAGUUGCCUCUUGUUGGGGAGCGGAGCCGUUCUCUGGUGAAAAUGCAACAUGUACCAUACGGUGACCUGGAAUUUGGACAGAUAAUGAAACAAGACACCUUUCUCAGGCACUCACAAGAAAGGGAGGGAGAAAGCAAGUGAGGGUGAGAAGAAGUUUGUAAAGCAGCAACCCCUGGUGUUCUAUUUCAGAGCGGAGGUUUCUAUAGCAAGACAGACCCGCAGGUUGCAGGCUUGGGAAGAGGUGUGUGCGUCAGUUCCAUUCACACGGUAGCUCUCCUUGGGGCCUGUAACCAAGGCUGGAGCCCAAGCGGGCCGCCUAUCAGAUGAGAGUGAUAACUCCCGGGACCCAGAGUAGUUCAGCUGGAAAUGGAUGCUAAAAGCCUCUAAUCCUGGGUUCUUUGCAACUCCAUGUGCACAGCAACAAACUAAGUUUUAGAAAGGAAACUUUUAAUCACUUCCUGUAGAAAAUGUUGAGGUUUCCUUAAGGAUUUUUCAUUCAAACCAGCAGAGGCUCUUCAGUUUAAAUGCUUCCCCUUUUAGAUCGCAUGUUGAAUUACAUGUGAAAACUGGGGAGUGAGGGGAGGAGAAGUUAGCCUUGCAGUUUUACCCUCGGUUUUAUGACUUUCCAUUUGGGUUGAAAGAAAUUGACUUUGGCAAGCAAACCACUAAUUGUAAACUGCCUAGUUCCUGUUUUACAAUAUACUGACUGAAAGCUCCUUCGCAGGAAAAGGCCUUCAUAGGAAAAGCUUGCCUUUUCUAGAGAGGUUGCAAAUAGCUGCCCGGUUUCAUAGUUUUAAAACCUCCUGACCUUAGCAAUUUCUAGAUUGUUGUGUUUCUAGUUAAUAACUUUAUAAGGUGUUAGCUAAAGCUCUUAAAUCUUGGCACAGCCCUGAGAGGCAGUAAACAAUUUAGCAGUUCCGAUCAAAUAUUUAUACUGACAAAAUAAAAAAGCCUAGCAUUUUUCUGUUGCAUGGCCAUGUAGGAUAAAAAUGAAGAAAUGGUGUGAUUUACCUAACCGACGAGGGGGAAGUCACCUGAUUGCUGUUUUUUUUUUUUUUCCUUCACAAUCCAAAAGUUUAAUGAUUUUCUGGUCCCGAAAUUUUUAAGAACUCCUGAAGCUCUUUUAUUGGGGUCAGUUGUACUUCUAGACUAUUUAUUCCAUGAAGCCAGAGUGAACUCUGCCACCGAAUUACACAACGGGUUCUCCCGGUCUACACCGACUUGCUAGUGUAAGUAUUUCACAGACUAGUCUGUCUCCAAGUUCUCUGGUGCCCUUGACGUUGGGAUCUAGCCAAUGCCUUCAAGGGGUGGAUGCCCGCUGUGGUCGCCGAGGGCAGAGGGUGAUGGACCUUCUUGUUGUUUUCAGGUGAAAUUAGAUGCUACUGUGACGCCGCACACUGCGUGGCAACGGGUUACAUGUGUAAGUCGGAGCUCAGCGCCUGCUUCUCAAGACUUCUCGAUCCCCAGGACACCAAUUCCCCGCUUACUCAUGGCUGCCUGGACUCCCUCACAAGCUCAGCGAGCAUCUGCCAAGCCAAACAGGCACACAACCACUCUGGCACCACUGUGCCCACGUUGGAAUGCUGUCAUGAAGAUAUGUGCAAUUACAGAGGACUGCAUGAUCUCUCUCCUCCCAGGGGGGAGACCUCAGGACAAGGCAACAGAUACCAACACGACAGCGGCAGAAACCUCAUCACCAAGGUGCAGGAGCUGACGUCGUCCAAAGAAUUGUGGUUCCGUGCGGCAGUGAUCGCCGUGCCCAUAGCUGGAGGGUUGAUCCUUGUGCUGCUUAUCAUGUUGGCCCUGAGGAUGCUUCGCAGCGAAAACAAGAGACUUCGGGACCAGCGCCAGCAGAUGCUGUCUCGCUUGCACUACAGCAUUCACGGACACCAUUCCAAAAAGGGCCCGAUUGCAAAGUUAGACUGGGAGUGCAUGGUGCCGGUCGGCGCGCGCGACAACUGCUGUAUGACCUGCGAAAAGAUGAGGCAGGCGGACCUCAGCAAUGACAAGAUCCUCUCGCUGGUCCACUGGGGCAUGUACAGUGGGCACGGGAAGCUGGAGUUCGUAUGACCGUGUCCACCAACGUCUGGGACGCUUGAAGGCCUCAGAGUUCUGCUGGACAGGAGCACUUUAUCUGAAGAAAAAGGAACUCGGGUCAUCCUCCUGGGGGAGACGGCUGACCUCUGCAAACGGACUCUUGGCUCUUCUGAAGGAUUAUUUGCACAGACUUGCAAAUGUCUCGUUUGCUUUAAAGUUUAUUGGAGCAAAGAGAAAGGCUUGUGUACACACUGUUACCAGGGUUAUUUGCAUCCAAGGGAGCUGGAGUUAGUACCUAAAUAAACUAAACUGUGCUCUCUGUAAGUCCGUACAUUGAUUUAUUGUGAAGAUUUUAAAAAUAUAUAUAUUUUUUGUCUGCAAUUUAGUGGUCUCUUUCAUAAAUUAAAACAAAGUGGGGGCUGUCCAGAGGCAGCAUGUUAGUUGUACAGGUGAAGAUCCACUGUUGUACACUUUGGCUCUCAAUUUUUAGGUUAGGUUUGCCCCCACCCUGGCCCCCAUGGUCAAGGUCCUGCUGACUCUUCCCUGUGCAUGUGUAAUUAGGGCCAGUUUCUAAAUGUGUGUUGCUCCUCAUUCAGUGUUUUACUCAGAUUUUGUUCUUUUGUUGUUGGUAGGAUAAAUAUGUUUUUCAGCCUUUAGCUCAGAGAUCUUAAGCUUCCAUCUGGCCGGCUCAGAUGAACAUGGGUCCCAUGUCUGACAUUGUGUUAGCCAAGGUCCUACCUGUGGGACUCCUUGCUUUGGAAUGGCUUUCUCAAAUGUGUCUACCUCUGGCUGGAAAAGGAAACAAACAAAACAAAAACAACGAAAAUGAGCCUCUCUCGCCGAGUCCCUCCUGUCUCCUUCUGCUGUUGAUUUAAUUGACCAGUUUAUUCUGUUGAAAACCAAAUUAAAUAUUUUGACUCCAA